GCUACAGCCCACGAAACUAUUCUCACGGCGGGUGCACAUGGCCAAGGUCUCCGACAUCCGCGCAGCAGGCCGGACGUAUGGCGUCCACCGCACACGGCUCGCGUUCAUCGCGAGCGUCGUCUCCUUUCUCAACCUCUCGUCCCCGCUCGCUGCCUACGUUUCCGAGAAUUUUCCGUGGACAGAGCGCCCGGCGCUCGAGACGUUUGCCUCGUACGAAGCCUUCUCCAACCAGACGCGUGCGCUGAACCAAGCGCUCUAUUCGGCGGCCACCCUGCCGACCGGCGAGACGUACGUCGUCGACACCAAGUACGAUGCGCAAGUAACCCGCGCGCUGCGGCGCAUGGGCCAGCCGUCGAUGUCGGAGGCCGAGUGUUUUCAAGACCACCUUUUGGGUCUCCCGGGGCUGAUCUAUUACAGCAACAGCCACGUCGACCUCGUGUGUGCGACGCUGCGCGCGCCGAAUGUAUCGAGCGUCACGGACUGGGCCAUCCGGGGGUCGUGCUUUCGCGCGCAGCUGUGCAGCUUUGGCGUCGGGCACUCGUGUCUCUGGCUCGUGCCAGGAGACGCGAUUUUCAACCGUUCGACGGCCAACGACAGCAGCGUGACCAUUUACUUUGUCUACACCGAGUCGCGCGACGCGUCGUGGGUCUGGUUCAAGUUUGUGUACCGGAUUGGCGCAACACUGUUGGUCUGGCAUCGGUUCUGGCGCCUCUACUACCGCCAUGUCGUGGCGCUGGAGACGCGACUCGAAACGUCGGGGCAUCGCCAGAAGAUGCCCGACGGUGCGUGGUCCUACGAAUUAAUUGUGGGCGACCCCACCGCCAUGAUCCUCUUGGAUCCGUGGGUUGCGUCCCUCUACUUUCUCGACAUUUGGCUCAGCGCCGGGAGCCUUGCGAUCGCCAUCAUGCAAGUACAGCAGAACGAGAAGAUCUGGUUGAUGCUCGUGAGCAUGGCCUAUCUGGCGCGCACGGUCUGGUUUGCGUACUGGUACCUCUGUAUCGUCUCGUUUGGUCUGAAGCGGUACCGCAAGGAACAUGUAUUUUCGGACGUGGACCCGACCCUCGUCGCAAUCGUUGUCAGCAUCUAUGGGCCGGUGCUGACGUACCUCAACGGCAACGUAGCGCUGCUGGCUCGCUUGUACCAAUGGAUCUUCAACUGCGUCGUGCCGUCCCGCGACCAAGGCCAGAGGAUCGAAGCUGGGGUCGGCGCGAGUGUUUACACUGUGCUCAUUGGCAGUCUCCCGCUCCUGCACGGCCUUGUCAUGCCGCACCUGCGCCCCGCGCCUGCCCAAGGCAGCCGCCGUCGACGAACGACGAUUGUCGAAGGCCCCGCGUACAGCUCUUUUCACUACAACAACACCAAGAACCGAGUGGUGCUCCAGCUUCUCCAGAUGCUCCGCCGCUUUCCAACGGCGAGGUCGAUCGGCGGCCAGGUGCACGCGGCAGCUGAGAAACUUCCGCGACUCAAACGUUGUCCGACCAUCAGUUUGCGUGGGACCGACUGCUUUGUGCUCUGCUACUGCAACGGCCGCCUCGACGAGACGCUUCGGCUGAGUCUCUUGAGCACACUGCAGCUACAGCCCAGCGUCGUCAUCGAGGCGCCGACGCCGUCGGACUUUACAGUUGACGUGCUCCAACCGCUAGACCACUCGGUGUUUGUCAAGCGGCAAGAAGCCUCUGGCCCGCAGAUACCGUUGCUAGUGCUGCAACGGGCCUCGACGCCGUCGGUCUGGUGUCUCUAG